CUUAUCUUAGAACUGCUUUAGAGGCAAAACAGCUUAGGGAAACUUCUCUUUUAUAUGCACGGAUUUUUGCAAUUUAAUUCAUUUUUAUCUGAAAAUUUUGCUGAUUUAGGUUUUGACAUCUCUACUGUCCUUGAUUACUGUAUUAAGUUGAAAGUUUCAUGUGGACUAAAGCAUGCAAAGAAACGAAGAGGUGGAAUAUAUAAAGUUGGGGAUUUUAUGACGAGGAAAGAGAAUUUGCACAUGGUAAAGCCAACAACAACAGUUGAUGAAGCGCUGGAAGCUCUUGUUGAACACAAAAUCACUGGUUUUCCUGUGAGCGAUGAUGAUUGGAAAUUGACUUUCAAUGAGGUAGAGAAGUUGCUUGACAAAACCAAUUGCCUGGUGGUUGGCGAUUUAAUGACACCAGCUCCAGUAGUUGUAAGUGAAACAACUAAACUAACCUUGAGGAUGCUGCUAGAUUAUUGCUCGAGACAAAAUAUUGUCGACUUUCCGGUUCCAGUUGUUGAUGUAAUUGAGGAUAAGCUGCUUCAUUCCUUUUCUGAAGAUCGGUCAUCACAAGAGGAAAUCUCGGACGAAUUGCUUUAUUUGCCUUUCAAACAAAGCGUGACACCGAAGAAAAAAGCACUAAUUGGAGAAUAUCAUUCAAGGAUUUGUGGUGCUUCGAUAGGGCGAUGGAGGAAAGAGAUUCUUUCCGCUGAUUGUGGGGACUCAAAGAGUCGUGUCUUGUCCUUUAGUUUCUUAAUAAACACAAAGAACACAAGUCCAAAAAAAAAACCAUCAGAUUGGUGCUUUAAGCUGUUUGUUAAGAUAUUUUUUGCAUUGUUAACAAAGAGCGGCGAUUUAACGACAUCUUUUCAUUUCAAGAAAGGCUCCGAAUAUACCAAAAAAACAAGAAACCUCCCCCCGCAAUCAAAGCUGGACGCCAAACAUGAUUAUGCACUACCUUGGGGGGCGGCAAUCCCACCUCUUUUCUCUCUCUUUGCUUCUAGCGUUACACAUCGACUACCUAACUCAAAAUCUUAUCACUUCAGUAGUUAA